AUGUACGAUGUCACAGACCGCUCCUCUCUCUUCGCCAUCGUCUCACCAGUCCCACCGCACAUAUACUUCCGCCCCAACGACGUUCGCCCCAACAUGCUGCCCUCGCCUCUCUCCGAAACGCGCCCCUGGGAAUCACCGGCGGUGGUACCUUUGGAUCAGCUGGGAGCGGGCGUGAGAAAGUACGAGGCCUGGUGCAGGAACACAGAGCCUCCCAACGCGUGGCAAUCGUGGGGCAUCCCCAUCCUCAUCACCCUCUUCGCCCUCCUCCUCGUGCUGCUCGUGGUGGUGGCGGCUCGGAUUCAGCGAGCCCAGUUCUUCCAGACGCAGCAGCAGAUGGCAGUUGCAGACAAACUGAGGAAGGAAGCAGAGGAUGCAGAGGCAUCAAAGAGCAUGUUUGUGGCGUGCAUGUCUCACGAGCUCCGGACACCGAUGAUGGGGAUCGUUGGCAUGCUCGAUGCUCUAGCAGACAGGAGUCUCCAACCCCCUCAGCUAUCAGACCUCCUCACCGCACGAGGGUGUGCAAUGGAUGCACUGCAUCUGGUCAACCGCGUGUUGGACCUGGCGAAGCUGGAGGCAGGCAAGGCGGUGGUGGAUGAGACGGUGAUUGACGUGCGGGAGUGGCUUGAUGCAGCAUUGGGCUGGCACGCAGAGGAGGCGCGCUCCAAAGGCAUUGCGUUUUGCGGCAGUGUGGACGACGGUGUUCCGAAUUACAUUAUUGCGGACCCGAUGCACCUCUCCAAGGUUCUCAAAGAAAUCAUUGAUAACGCAGUGAAGUUCACGGAGCAAGGCCACGUGACAGUGCGGGUGUCCCUGCUGCCACAAGGAACAAGCUUGCAAGACACCCUUCAUCUCCAGG